UACUGAUUGCUAUUGAAUCACGCCCCUGUACGUAUAAAUGCAAACCGAGUACUAUCAUCAUCACCAACGUGGACGAAACCCGGUUGGUUGGGAGUCGGAAAAGUCUUUACUAUUUAAUUUUUGCAGGCGAAAAAAUCGACUCUUCCCUAGUUUUCACAAUCGAAAUCGAAGAGCAUCCAAGGACGGAUUCUAUCCAAGAGAUAUUUAAACGAGAUAAGAGUUUUAUCGAUUUUCCUUUGGGGUUUCAUGGAGAUUCCUUCAGAACAAGUCACAAGCAUCUGCAGUCACUGUGACAGAGCUAUUCCAGCCGCAAAUAUUGAUUUGCACUAUGCACAUUGCUCCCGGAAUCUGGAAAAAUGUAAAAUUUGUGGAGAUAUGGUGCCCAAAAGACAUGCUGAAGAUCAUUAUUUGAGUACACAUGCCCCGGUAUCUUGUUCGCUAUGCAGUGAGACAGUAGAUCGUGAAAUUUUAGUCCUCCAUAAAGGUGAAAACUGCCCCCAGAGAAUUGUCACAUGUGAAUACUGUGAAUUCCCAUUGCCUGCAGUUGAUCUCUUCAAACAUCAGGAAGUAUGCGGGAACCGGACAGAGUAUUGUCAUCUGUGUAGCCGGUAUAUUAGACUGCGUGAAAGAAAUGACCAUGAAACCAAGUGUCGUCUUGCUCAAGACAAUGCCAGACUUUCUAGGGAUGCAAGUGCAUCUGAAAGAGAGCACGAUGCUCAUAGAAGGCAACCACAUGAUCUAUCACGGAGACGCUUACUGUUAACAAUUGCAAUAACGGGCAUUGCUGUUCUACUUGGGUCAUUUUUCCUCCAGAAAAAAAUCGACAGCAAUCAAUUGCAGUAAAACAGAUUGGAAGGACUUUUAUUUAUUACGUUUUCUUGAAGUGAUGUAUUAUGUCUACACGUAUCUGAAAGGAUCUAAAGUUAUUGUUUUAUAAUAGCUGUAUUGAACACACAAGGAUCAUGUAAAGUAUUAGCAGAGAUUGUGCUUAUGACUUCUUAGCAUGCAAUGGCAUCUGACAUCUUCAUCCC